AUGUCCGAGUGUUCAUUUGGUAGUCAAGCACCGAAUUGUAUGGAAGACUGUGAGGCUGGUUUGGUGACGGACAAUUUUGACUUCCAAAGGUGUAGUACCAUUCGUGCUGGUUCGGCAGCACAAGACCUACCGUUGGGCUGUUGUCCCUUGGGUUGGUUUUUGCUCGAGAUUUUGAAGCUGGGUUUGGCGAGAUGCAUUCUUGAAGGAGGUAGGAUCGGCAAGGUUUGUGUGCGUGGACCGGGUCUCAGAAGCUGCAGCAGGAACUGGGCCGCACGAGCUGGGUCUGUGUAG